CAUAUAUAUAACAUAUUUUUUUUUUACUUCUUCAAAUAUUUAUUUUUACAUAUUAAUAUACUUAAUAAGCAUAAGUUUUUAUAAAUUUAUAUUUUUUUACCCAUCAAUUAUGAUACAUUUAUUAUCAUAGAAUUAAGUUACUUGUUUGCUCAAAGUUACAAAUUAAGUUUUCAUACAUCAAUUAUAAAAUAUAUAAAUACAACCGUUAGCUGUAACCUCCUAUAUUCCAAAAUAUUUUCUAUAUAUUAGAUAAAAUAACACAAAGAUUAUCAGUGACAAGACACCUUUGUUAUCAUAAAGCGCAAAAGAAUAUCCUAGAGGCAUUAAAAAAAAACUUCACAUAUUGAUAAUUAUUUUUUAAAUAAAAACCAAAAAUGGAGCGACGAGCAUCAACGGAAGAAAGCCUUAUGAUUAUAAGGCACGAUCUCAAAUGUGAGGAAAUGGAUCGUUUGGAGGGUACACAUUUUUAUGGACAACGCGCACAUAUAUUUAUAACACUUGGAGCAUCUGGUGACUUAGCUAAGAAGAAAAUUUAUCCGACACUCUGGUGGUUAUUUCGGGAUAAUUUAUUGCCAAAGACUACAACAUUUUUUGGGUACGCGCGUAGUAAAUUAACUUUGCAGGAUUUACGUGACAGGUGUCAUCAGUACAUGAAAGUUAAACCUGGUGAAGAAGAAAAGUAUGAAGAAUUUUGGAAAUUAAAUAAUUAUGUACAAGGACCUUAUGACUCGGAAAAAAGUUUUGAAAGUUUGAAUAGCGAGCUGGUAAAAUAUGAAAAUGGCUCUGAAGCCAAUAGAUUAUUUUACUUGGCUCUCCCGCCCUCAGUUUUUGAAGAAGUUACUGUUCAUAUUAAAAAUAGAUGUAUGGGUAAAAAAGGCUGGACAAGAGUAAUUAUUGAAAAGCCAUUUGGUCGGGAUGCGCCUUCGUCGCAACGUUUAUCAGAUCACUUGGCUUCUUUAUUUAGCGAAGAACAAAUAUAUCGUAUAGAUCAUUACUUAGGAAAAGAAAUGGUACAAAAUUUAAUGACUCUCAGGUUCGGUAAUAAAAUAUUUAAUCCAACAUGGAACCGCGAUAAUAUCGCAUCUAUACAAAUAACUUUCAAAGAGCCUUUUGGUACUCAAGGUCGCGGGGGAUAUUUUGACGAAUUUGGAAUAAUACGCGACGUUAUGCAGAAUCAUUUACUGCAAAUAUUAUCUUUAGUUGCUAUGGAAAAACCUGCGUCCUGUUGCCCCAAUGACAUCAGAAAUGAAAAAGUUAAAGUUUUAAAAUGCAUAAAACCUUUGGAACUCAAAGAUGUUGUACUAGGGCAGUAUGUUGGUGAUCCAGAUGCCGAAGAUCCUGAUGCAAGACUGGGAUAUCUUGAUGAUCCUACAGUUCCAUCAAAUUCAACAACUCCAACUUACGCGGCGGCAGUUUUGAAAAUAAAUAAUGAGCGAUGGGAUGGAGUUCCAUUUAUUCUCAAGUGUGGAAAAGCAUUGAAUGAACGUAAGGCGGAAGUACGGGUGCAAUAUUUAGAUGUACCAGGAGAUAUAUUUGACGGGAAAGCUAAAAGAAAUGAAUUAGUCAUCAGAGUUCAACCAGGUGAAGCUUUAUACAUAAAGAUGAUGACUAAAACGCCAGGAAUAACAUUUAAUAUGGAGGAAACAGAACUUGAUCUCACUUAUGACAAAAGAUACAAAAAUUUAAAGCUUCCUGAUGCUUAUGAGCGAUUAAUAUUAGACGUAUUUUGUGGAUCUCAAAUGCAUUUUGUACGAAGUGAUGAGCUGUCAGAAGCAUGGAGAAUAUUUACUCCACUACUUCACCAUAUUGAAAAUGAAAAAAUCCCACCGAUUCCUUACAAAUAUAAGUCACGUGGACCAAAACAAGCCGAUGAAAUGGCUAAAGAAAAUAAUUUUGUCUACUAUGGAUCUUACAAAUGGCCAGAACAUCGUUAAAUUAUUUAUAAAAAUCUCAAGAAGUCGCAAAAAAAAAUUUCAUAUUUUUUUUAGCGACACGCUAACAAAUUUAUCCACUUUUUAAAUAAUUAUUUGAAAUAAUUAUUAAAUAAGUGCCUUAAAUAAUUAAUGCCCACUUUCUAUACAAAUUUUUUAUACUGAAAUUAUUUUUAAAAUAAAAACCGUACGACUGUACGUUAA